AUGUCCCUGCCCGGGGCGCAACGGGCCUCAGGAACAGAGGCCAAGGAGACGGUUGCCCCCGCUGUGGACCUGGUGCUAGGCGCCUCGGCCUGUUGCCUGGCCUGUGUCUUCACUAACCCCCUAGAGGUGGUGAAGACGCGGCUGCAGCUGCAGGGGGAGCUGCGGGCCCGGGGCACCUACCCGCGGCCCUACAGGGGCUUUUUUGCCUCGGUGGCCGCAGUGAUCCGUGCAGAUGGGCUGUGUGGCCUGCAGAAGGGGCUGGCCGCUGGCCUCCUUUACCAGGGCCUCAUGAAUGGCGUCCGCUUCUACUGCUACAGCCUGGCGUGCCAGGCUGGCCUCACCCAACAGCCUGGUGGCACCGUGGUCGCAGGCGCCGUGGCGGGGGCACUGGGAGCCUUCGUGGGGAGCCCUGCUUACUUGGUCAAAACACAGCUGCAGGCCCAGACGGUGGCCGCGAUGGCUGUGGGGCACCAGCACCAUCACCAGAGUGUUCUGGGGGCCUUGGAGACCAUCUGGCGGCAGCAAGGCCUGGCAGGACUAUGGCGGGGCGUGGGUGGGGCCGUGCCCAGGGUCAUGGUCGGCUCCGCGGCCCAGCUGGCCACCUUUGCCUCUGCCAAGGCCUGGGUGCAGAAACAACAGUGGCUCCCGGAGGACAGCUGGCUGGUGGCUUUGGCUGGAGGCAUGAUCAGUAGCGUCGCCGUGGCCGCAGUCAUGACCCCCUUCGACGUGGUCAGCACGCGGCUAUACAAUCAGCCCGUGGACGGAAUUGGCAAAGGCCAGCUGUAUGGUGGCCUCGCCGACUGCCUGGUGAAGAUCUGGCGGCAGGAGGGCCCCCUGGCACUCUACAAGGGUCUGGGCCCAGCCUACCUGCGCCUGGGCCCCCACACAAUCCUCAGCAUGCUCUUCUGGGAUGAGCUCCGGAAACUGGCUGGGCGGGGCCUGCACCAGGGCACCUAG